AGUCCAAAUAUGGUAAAGGGCAGAAAUAAAGAAGGGAGUGUCCCUAUCAUAAACAGCUCACAACUUCUAACAGAAAGUUAAAUUUUAUGCCACUCAAGAGAACUCUGCACUUUGAACUUUGGUGAAAGUCUCAUUAGAUUGAAAUUUCUAAACUUUUCUUAAGAGAUUAAGUUUCUUUUGUUUUCCUCUCUUCUGAGCUGCAGAAAUCAGAUAAAACUACUUGAUAAAAUGACUACUUGUCAUAUUGCUAAAGAUCCUAUAAAAAAGAUUGCUAUCUUUGGAGGAACUCAUGGGAAUGAGCUAUCAGGAGUAUUUCUAGUUAAGCAUUGGAUGGAGAACGGCACUGAAAUUCAGAGAACAGGGCUGAAGAUAAAACCAUUUCUUUCCAACCCAAGAGCAGUGGAGAAGUGUACCAGAUACAUUGACUGUGACCUGAAUCGAGUUUUUGACCCAGAAAAUCUUGGCAAAGAAAGGUCAGAGGACUUGCCAUAUGAAGUGAGAAGGGCUCAAGAAAUAAAUCAUUUGUUUGGUCCUAAAGAUAAUGAAGAUUCCUAUGACAUUAUUUUUGACCUUCACAACACUACUUCUAACAUGGGGUGCACUCUGAUUCUCGAAGAUUCCAGGAAUGACUUUUUAAUUCAGAUGUUUCAUUAUAUUAAGACUUCUUUGGCUCCAUUACCCUGCUAUAUUUAUCUUAUUGAGCAUCCUUCCCUCCAAUAUGCAACCACGCGUUCUAUAGCCAAGUAUCCUGUUGGCAUAGAAGUGGGUCCCCAGUCUCAAGGGGUUCUGAGAGCUGAUAUCUUGGACCAAAUGAGAAAAAUGAUUAAGCACGCUCUUGAUUUUAUACAUCAUUUCAAUAAAGGGAAAGAAUUUCCUCCCUGUGCUAUUGACGUCUAUAAAAUAAUGGAGAAAGUCGAUUAUCCAAGGAAUGAAAGUGGAGAAAUCACUGCCAUUAUCCACCCUAAUCUGCAGGAUCAAGACUGGAAACCACUGAGUCCUGGAGAUCCUGUGUUUUUAACUCUUGAUGGAAAGACUAUUCCAUUGGGCGGAGACUGUACCGUGUACCCGGUGUUUAUAAAUGAGGCUGCAUAUUAUGAAAAGAAAGAAGCUUUUGCAAAGACAGCUAAACUGACACUCAGCGCAAAAAGUAUUUGCCCCUCUUUCCAUUAGAAAUCACUUCUAGCUCACCUGUUACAAAGGAUCUGGAACAACUCUCCUAGUUUGUAAGCUCCUGAUGGGCAGGAUUAUGCCUUAUUCAAUUUCCUACCCAUAGCACCUAGCCCAAGGCCUUGCACACAGUGGGCAUUCAGGUAAAGUUCCUGAAUGAAUGAAUAAAUUAAUGAAUAGCUUUUAAA